AUGUCUUAUCAAAAAAUCAACUCACAGCUCCAUACAGACCACAGCUCAGUUGACGAGAGCUGGGAUGCUUACUUCAACAGCUUAGAUGGAAAGCCACCAGCCUUACCUUCUGGCGCUGCCGUUGGUGAAAUCAAAGAACCACCAAACCAAGCUUUCGUCAAUACACCACUGGAUGUUCCAAAGACGUGGCGGACCAGUUCCUCAAACAAUCUCACUGAUCAUCUCAAAGUACAGCUUUUAGUUAGAGCUUUCCAAGUCCGUGGUCACAUACUCGCUAAGACAGAUCCUUUGGGUAUUAUUGAACCAGAGAGACAAAAGAACAUCCCAUCAGAGUUGGAACUCACGCACUAUGGUUGGUCUGAACCAGAUUUGGAUACAAAGACUUUCGAUCUAGGUCCAGGUAUUUUGAAGCGUUUUACAGGCACUGGAAAGACUAAAAUGACAUUACGUGAAAUUUACGACACUUGCAAGCAAAUUUACUGUGGUCCAAUCGGCUCUCAAUACGUUCACAUUCCAGAAAAGGCUCAAUGUGAUUGGAUCAGAGAUAGGAUUGAAACCCCACAACCAUGGAACUACACUUUAGAAGAAAAGAGAAUGGUUUUGGAUAGACUCGUUUGGUCUGACUCUUUCGAGCGUUUCAUUGCUACCAAGUUCCCUAACGAGAAGCGUUUCGGUUUGGAAGGUUGCGAGUCACUUAUCCCAGGUAUGAAAGCUCUCAUUGAUCGUUCAGUUGAACAUGGCGUUAAGUCUGCCAUCAUUGGUAUGCCUCACCGUGGCCGUUUGAACGUCCUCGCCAAUGUCAUUCGUAAACCAGGUGAAGCUAUUUUCAAUGAAUUCUCUCCAGUAGCUCCAGCUGACGAUGAUUCUGGUGGUGGUGACGUUAAGUACCACUUGGGUGCAAACUACGUUCGUCCAACCCCUUCAGGAAAGAAGGUUUCUCUUUCAUUGGUUGCUAACCCAUCACACUUGGAAGCUGAGAAUCCAGUUGUUUUGGGUAAGACCCGCGCUUUGCAAUUCUUCGAUGGUGACAAGGAUCGUCUCUCUGCUAUGGGUAUUCUUCUUCACGGUGAUGCAGCCUUUGCUGCUCAAGGUGUUGUAUACGAAACUCUCGGUUUCCACUCAUUGCCUGGAUAUGGUACUGGCGGUACUAUCCAUAUUUGUGUUAACAACCAAAUCGGUUUCACCACUGAUCCAAGAUUAUCACGUUCUACACCUUACCCAACCGAUAUUGCCAAAUUCAUUGACGCACCAAUUUUCCAUGUAAACGCUGAUGAUCCAGAGGCUGUCGUCUUCAUUUGCCAACUCGCUGCAGACUGGCGUGCAAAGUGGAAGAAGGAUGUUGUUAUUGAUUUGGUUGGAUACCGUCGUCAUGGUCACAAUGAAACUGAUCAACCAUCAUUCACUCAACCACGUAUGUACCAAGCUAUUGGCAAGAAGCAAAAUAUUUUGGACCUCUAUGUUGAACGCCUCCAAAAUGAAGGUACAUUUACCAAGCAAGAUACAGAUGAGCACAAGAAGUGGGUCUGGCAAAUGCUCGAAAAGUCGUUCCAAAACUCUAGAGAAUACAAGCCAAGUCCUAAGGAGUGGCUCUCAUCUUCAUGGGAUGGUUUCCCAACACCUUCAGAGCUUUCACAACUAGUUCUUCCAGUAAAUGCAACUGGUGUACGUGAAGAUAAACUUGUUGAAAUUGCUAAAGCACUCGGUAAUGUCCCAGAGGGUUUCACAAUUCACCGUAACUUGAACCGUGUUCUCAAGAACAGAGAAAAAAUGGUUCAAGAUGGUAAAGGCAUUGACUGGUCAACCGCCGAGUCGCUCGCCAUGGGUGCACUUGCUAUGGAAGGUAACCACGUUAGAUUGUCAGGUCAAGAUGUAGAGAGAGGUACUUUCUCCCAACGUCACUCUAUCAUCCAUGAUCAAAAGACUGGUGAGGCAUACAUGCCAUUGAACCACCUUGGUGAAAAGCAAGCUCCGGUUACUAUUGUCAACUCAACACUCUCUGAAUUUGGUGUACUUGGAUUCGAAUUAGGUUACUCUUUGGUUUCACCAGAUUCAUUGACAAUUUGGGAAGCACAAUUCGGUGACUUUGCCAACAACGCUCAAUGUAUGAUUGAUCAAUUCAUUUCAUCAGGUGAAAGAAAAUGGUUACAACGUACUGGGUUGGUUCUUUCACUUCCACACGGUUACGAUGGUCAAGGCCCAGAACAUUCAAGUGGUAGAAUAGAACGUUUCUUACAAUUAUGCGAUGACAACCCAUUGGUAUUCCCAAGCGAAGAGCAACAAAUUAGACAACAUCAAGAUUGUAACAUGCAAGUAGUUUACCCAACUACACCAGCUAACUACUUCCACGUUCUUCGUCGUCAAGUACAUCGUGGAUUCCGUAAACCAUUGAUCUUAUUCUUCGCAAAGAGCUUACUUCGCCAUCCAAUGGCAAGGUCAGAUUUGAGUGAACUCAUAGGUGAUACAAGCUUCCAACGUUACUUGCCAGAUCCACAUCCAGAGCAUUUGGUUGCACCUGAGCAAGUUCGUCGUCAUAUUCUCUGUUCAGGUCAGGUUUACCACACAUUGAUUAAGCAUCGUGAUGAGAAUGACAUUAAGGACGUUGUUAUUUCACGUCUUGAGCAGUUGGCACCAUUCCCUUACGAUAUGCUCAAGCCACACUUGGACAAGUAUCCAAACGCAGAUCUUUACUGGUGUCAAGAGGAACCAGCUAACAAUGGUGCUUGGUCAUACGUCUCACAACGUUUGAUUACCCUCGUGGACAACACUGAAUGCCACAAGGGUAAGAUGCCAAUGUACGCUGGUAGACCACCUUCAUCAUCUGUAGCUACUGGAUCUAAAGCAGCUCACAAGGCUGAAAUUGAAAACUUCUUGCAUGACGUCUUCAAGCAAUGA